UUCUGGCGGCGCGCUCUUGGAAUUUAUUUGGUAUAAAACUUUUGGCGCUAUACUAUUCGUGUUGCUGUCAGGUCAAGGAGGAAAGAAAUACGCGGGGCUUUUUAUUAUAGAUCUAGGUAUUACGAUUUUCCACAGCAAUGCCUAGCACUAGAUCUCCGAUUCCUAACACUAUCCAGUUCCCAAAGAAGAAAUCAGCAGUUGGCGUGAAGUCCGUUGUACGGGAGAAGCAGUCGGAAAAUCUUAAAGAAGCACCUUUGCCCCUUUCUCCAAAGGCUAAAGGACUGCCCCUUAGUCCUCGCAAAAGGCUUGGAGAUGACAACUUAUGCAAUAUUCCCCAAUCCUUACAGUGCUCCCCACCAAAGCAAGUCAUGAAAGAAAACAACAUAUUGUCUACUUUACCCCCAAAAGGACGCAGACUGGUAUUUGAAAAUGUAGGGGUGCUGGAUGGAUCUCCGAAAAAGACUUCAGCUGAGACCUCUCCUCCCAGGAAAGGACUUGAAACUCCACAGCCAGACAGAAAAUCCCCAUGCAUGAAGCUAUUUAAGCAGGAUAGUAACUGUUACCAGCAAAUAAAACGGGCCCUAAAUACAGCUAUUCCAGAGCGACUGUUAUCAAGGGAGAAUGAGACAGAAAUUAUCAACCAUUUUUUAAAGGAUCAUGUGUCUGGCAAAAAACCUGGCAGCUUAUAUAUCUCUGGAGCGCCAGGAACUGGCAAAACUGCUUGCCUUACCACCAUACUAAACAACUUCAAAAGUACUGUGAGCAACACUAGAACUAUCUGUAUUAAUUGCAUGUCAAUGAGGAAUUCCCAGUCUAUAUUCUUGAGGAUUGCAGAGGAGCUGAUGGGCAAACAAGAAGUGAAAUCGCUAGGAAAGGAGCUUAUUAGGAAAUUGGAGAAACACUUGACGUCUGAGGGGCCAAUGCUCUUGCUGAUACUAGAUGAAAUGGACCAACUUGAUAGUAAAGGGCAGGAUGUCCUGUACACUGUAUUUGAAUGGCCCUGGAUUCCACGGUCUAGACUGGUACUUAUAGGAAUUGCAAAUGCUUUGGAUCUUACAGAUCGAAUCCUUCCUAGACUGCAGGCCAGGCCAAAAUGUAAACCUCAACUUCUCAAUUUCUCACCUUAUACUCGCGAACAGAUAAUUGCAAUUCUACAAGACAGAUUGAAGCAGGUGUCAGGUGAUCCGAUACUUGAAAAUUCUGCUAUUCAGUUUUGUGCCAGGAAGGUUUCGGCUGUUUCAGGAGAUGCACGAAAAGCACUGGAUGUCUGCAGGAGAGCUGUUGAAGUUGUGGAAUCUGAUGUAAAAAGUCAGACUGUCCUCAGGCCAUUAUCUGAUUGUAAAUCGCCUUCAAAAUUCAGUCAGUCUCUCUUGGUUCCAAAGAAAGUAAGCCUGCCACACAUCUCCCGUGUUAUUUCUGAAGUAUAUGGCAACAGAAUGACCUCUGGCAGUGGAGAUUCUGAUGAGACUUUUCCUCUACAACAGAAACUCUUGGUCUGUUCAUUGCUACUCUUAAUGAAGGAGAGUAAAGUGAAAGAAGUUACACUUGGAAAACUUCACGAGACGUACUGCAGAGUAUGUCGGAAACAACAGAUGGCAGCAGUAGACCAGUCUGAAUGCCUUUCCCUGUCCAAUCUUUUGGAGGCCAGAGGGAUUUUGGGGUUGAAAAAGGCCAAAGAAGCACGAUUAACAAAGAUUUCUUUGAAAAUUGAAGAGAAGGAUGUGGAAUACGCUUUAAAAGACAAGGUUUUAAUUGGCAACAUCUUGGAUGCUGGACUUUAACUGUCUUAUGUGCACUUGCAUACAUUUUAGGACUUGUGAUUUUAUUGUGUAAAUAUAUUUUUUAAUUUUAAAUUCUCUGCUUUGUACACAAGUGUACUCCUGAUGGUAAGCAUCCAGGACUGUUCUACAUCUUAAGCCUGCUGGAAUGGGCUCUUCCUAGAAUAAAGGAGUUAACAGAAAAAAAGUAUUCUAUAACAGGAAUUCUUGUAUAGCCCAAAUCCUGGACAAUUUUAUCUUCCCUUUCAUAUUACAGCCUUACACGAUUCCUAAUUCACUAGCGUCUUGGAAGUUGAGCUGCAGCAACAUUUUUUUAUCACUAGCCCAGAAACGAGUGGUCUAGUGAACGAGUACCAGUGUGCUUCACAGUGGGGUUCAGUUUUGAGAAACCUUGAAGGGAAUGUCUUGAACUCAUGGACUUGCGGAGUAGAAGCUUGUCAUCACCAGGCAAGAGUGCAGCUAAAAUGGACACUUGCAGAAUUUUGCAUUGCACAAUGCUAUGAACAUCGCAGUUCGCUAAGGUGGUUCCUGUGCAAAUAAUUGCACAAUUAAUUUUGCUUUUAAAAUGGUUCUGUUAUACUAGCUGUUCGUUCUAAUUUCUGCAUUACAGAAAGUGUUUGCAGUUAACUGACAUUUUUAAAAACUGUUCAUCUUUUAAUUCUAGGAUAUUUUAGGAGGUUUUUAUUUUACUUUAUUCCCAUGUGUUGAAGCAGUCCUCACUGUUUGUGCAAUACUGUUUCUUAAAGUAAUCAAAUUAGUAGCAGUAGCAUACAUAUAUGUGGAGGUUUGCCAAGAAACUGACCUCUUGCAGACUCUAAUAACUUUUAUUUCUUGGCAUCACUCAGGUGGUCAGCUUUGUUGCAUCUUUCCCUGAAAGGUGCCUUGUGACCCUAACUCAUUGUUUGAAGGUUAUGCAAUAGGGUAUACGUUUCCUGUAUGUAGAAAUUGGAGUACAUAUAAAUUUUGCACUUUUUUUUUAGUGCACUAAAUUUCAAUAAAGUGAAUUUGUAAAUGUG